UUUCUCCAGUUUAAAUGAAUUUAAAUGCUUAAUUAACAAUUUGUAUACAUUAAUAUUAAAAAUAACAAUGAACUUCACACAACAACAUUGAAAUGACAUUUUAACAAUUCUGGAACAUUCUUGAAGUUUCCAACAAGACAUAACCUCAUAUAAAGUGAAUCACAACAACACACUUUCAAAUUGUUACCUUCAAAUCAAAGUGACAACUCGAAUCGAUUGUGAAUUUAAAAUCUCCCGUUAAACAAAACCAGUGCAAUACAUUAAAAUGCCCGGGACAACCGAAAACCGACUGGUCGGUCCAGUUGAGGGGACUGAAUCGAAAGGGGAAGUAAAUCCCUUACCACCACGACAACCGACCAGCCUUCAGGGCUUGUUGCGCUUCGCCAUGGAGGCGACGAAGUCGGAGGACGCGCCGAACGCAUCAAAUUUCGAACCAAUGGAUGAAGAAAGAAAGAAGUUUUUGGAAGACGCCCUAAAAUCGAUGACCAUAGACGUGAUAGAAGUGCUGCAGAAACAAAUACACAAAUUAAAAUUGGUCGGACAGUUAAAACCUGGUGACAACGUCGAGGAGUAUAUUGAAGCCAUCGAAACAAUUUCGGAUUAUGUUGACCACAUUGAUACCGCCAAUGAUUUUCAUAAAAUUGGAGGUUUCAUGAUCCUGGAACCAUGCAUUAAAUGCUCAGUGGCUGAAAUACGAGCAGGUGGUUGUGAAUUAAUUGCACUCUUAGCUCAAAACAACCCAUACUGCCAAAGAAUUUUUACGGAUAAUAAAUUCCUGUUGUACCUGAAGGAUAUUCUAAUGCAAGACAAAGACGUUUCUGUUAUUACCAAGGCGAUUUACGCCAUCAGUUGUAUAAUACGUGAAAACUAUGAAGGUUACACACAAUUCAUAGCGAUGAACGGCAUACAGUGUCUAUUAACGUGCAUGCAAACCACAAAGAACGAGAAAAUAAUCGUCAAAGCUGCAUUCUUGCUUUCAAAUCUGUGUAAAUCCUAUCCUCAAUUGAAGUUAGAAUUGAUGCAAAAGGACUGUUUCAAGCUCCUUAUUCCGAUUUUGGACGAGGAACGAAAUCAAGGACACGAAUUCGCUUUGGCACUUUUGGUCACCAUUUUAGAAGACAAUGAUUCAGGUGUUAAAGAAGUUCUGAAACCAGUCUACAAGUUUAAGGACAUGCUUUUGAAAUAUCGCAGCUCAAUUUUGAACAGAGAUGAGUGUUUGGAGGAGGAGCAGUAUGUUAGGAGAUUAUUGCAUUUAAUUGGAUAAUAUGAUAAUAAAUUGUUUGUUUUUAA